UCCUUUGAGUUGCGUCUGGAGUGUUCCUGAGUUCCAGAAAUUGAGCGCCGGAAUUGCAGUGAAAUGAAAACACAAACAAGUGUUAUGUUUUGGUGAAUCUCGUGAAUGGUGUCUGAUGCUACCGAGCACCUAUAACGGAAAAGGGCAAAUGUUACAAGACAUUUUUAAACAAGCUGAUAAUAAACAGUGAUACGCCAGGUUUAAUCUUUUAAUGCUGCGUUCGUUUCCGAAUGUGAAUAAGCCUCCGUUGUGCUGGACAGUACCAAAGUCUAGUCAGUUUCAAGUGUGAAAUCAAUCAAGUUAGUUGAAAGUGAGUGGCGCCAUGGAGGUACAAUCGUAAUAAUUGCAACUUACAUCUAUGGAAAAUGGUUUGAAGUGGAGUUUGUGAAAAUUUCAUAAUCAGUGUAGUCAAACCAACUAUCUUCAGCAAUAACAAGCUCAAAAUGUCCCAAACAAAAAAUUAUGAAGUCCUUGAAAUCGUCCCCAAGAAGCAGAUCUUCAAAGUGUACCUCCGGUGCCUGGUUGCAAACUUGAUAGUGCUUCUGAAAUGGCUGUUUGAGUGCAUAAAGGGCCGUGUGAACAAGACCACCAUCAUGCGGAGAGCAAUCGAGCAGGUCCAGUUUCCAAACAUGCAGCCAAAUUUCAUGACCGAAACCAAGAUGGGGCGGCAUUCGUACGUGAAGCUUGAGAAUACUAAGCUCCAUUACGUAGAAGCUGGAAACCGUAGCAACUCGACAGUGCUUCUUCUUCAUGGCUUCCCCGACAGCUGGCUUGGGUGGCGUUAUCAAAUUUCAGAAUUGUCUCAAUACUUUCACGUGAUUGCACUAGAUUUGAAGGGAUUCAACGACUCCGACAAACCACUGUGGCGCUUUGACUACACUCCGAAAAAAAUUUGCGAAGAUCUGCGCAAAUUUCUGAUAGCCAUCAGCGCCAAGAGUGUUUCGAUCGUAGGUCAUGACUUGGGCGCCAUCAUUGGAUGGACCUUUACGCACACCAACCCCGAAAUGGUAGACAAGUUUGUCAGCGUUUCAACCCCCCAUCCCAACCUCCUGUGGGAUAACUUACCUCGAAAUUCUCCAUUCAACCGAAGAUGGUUGGAAUUUGUUCAGUUGCCAUAUCUACCGGAAAUGGAGAUGCAACACAAUGCGGAACGUAUCCUGAAAAAGUGCUAUCCUCACAUGCUAAAGGAGAAGAUGUACAUUUCAGGAACUAAUGGAUCUGUGAUAAACAAUCUCAUGGAGGCCUACAAGUAUACGUUCAGCCAAACAGAUGACUGGCGGGGUCCUCUCAACUACUAUCGCAAUUUCAUGUUCUUCCGGAUAAAAGACGGUGAAACUCUACAGUGUCCGUGCCUGAUCAUAACGGGAAAUGAGGAUCGAAUAUACAAGUUGGAAUCAGUGGUGAAGAGCUCAGACUACUGCGAAAAUUUUGUGAUCAAAAUCAUUGAGCAAUCUGGUCAUGCACCGCACCAGGAAAUGUCAACAGAAUUCAACAGCACUCUUCUGAAAUUUUUAAUAGGGAAGCGGAUGUUUAUGAGAUCACCGGAGAAUAACACACCGACUCCUGCACGAGGCCUUGUGGGGAGAGUUUUCGGGGGCUUUGGAGCUGUGGCAAACAACACAGUCAAGUUGGGCAACAAUCUCAAAGAAGGCUACACAUUUGCAACUGCUCUCAACAAUGUACCAAACUUUAUGUUGAAAAGCUAGGAUGUCUGUUCAUGUUCAGAUAAUUGAGUGUGAAUCUUGUGUAUGACUUAUUUUUCUAGAUUUUGUGUGGUGUAUAUUUUAUAUUUUUUAA